CGGCCGGAGCCGGCAGGAUGUUCUUCUCCGGCGACCCGACCUCGCGGAAGCGGGUCGACAUGGGCGGCCGGAGCAACAAGGAGCGCGACCGCCAGGUGCUGCUCGAGCAGACGCGCGAGGAGCGGCGCCGCCGCCUGGCGAUGCGCCUACAGAACUCAUCCGCCACCAAGAUCCAGAAAUGCUUCAGAGGGAAGAGGGCAUUCGAACUGGCGCGCUCCGAAGUUCGAGAAAACUUCUGCUCUACUUUUGGGGAGCACUGCCAGAGGGUAGAUAGGAACUGCUUCAGCGCUAAUUCUGACUUUCUUCGUCAACUGCUCUUCUUCUUCAAUGCAAGUAAAGACGAUGAUAUUGCUAUACUUUCUCAAGUCUGCAACUUACUUCUGCAGUAUGUUAAAAAUGGAGAUGCCGUAAGCCUCUUCGCUGGUUUAAAUUACUCCUCAGUGGAACCUCUUGUGAUACAUAGGGUAAAAAAACUCGCACUCAUCUGUGUGUAUGCAGUCCAUCAGAAGAGGUAUGAUUGGAGUAACCAACUUUUGAUGUCAGUGGAAAGCACAGAAAUGCCCUUUGUCCGAUUAUUAGAAGCUGUGACUUGUUUGUUAAAUCCUAAACUACCGUGGAUUUGCAAAGUUGUUGGGUAUCUUCAGCACAAAAGGAUCUAUUGCUUAUUUCGGGGGAUUAUUAUUGCAGUACCGCAAAAUGCAAGAAAUUUGGAGCACCACCAUAAUACAUCUGCGCUGGAGCAAGCUCUCAUGCUUGUUGCUUCGCAUGUUGGCGAUGAUCCAUGCUGCUGUCCAAUUGUCGAUCCAAGAUGGAGUUUUUCCUCGCAACUUCUAUCCAUUCCUUUUCUCUGGCAUCGUUUGCCGCACUUCAAGAAGGUUUUCGCUGCUAAUGGGCUCAGCAAAUAUUAUAUCCAUCAGAUAGCUUGCUAUUUGCCUAGUCGUGCUGAUGUUCUUCCAAAGGAUAUAUCAGUUAAUCAUCCAGGAUAUGCUUGUGUUCUAGCAAAUGUACUUGAAGCUGCAACCUGGAUUUUGGCUGAACCAAUGUUCGCUUCUGAUAGAGCAGCUGACAUCAUUGCUGUUUCUACGUCAUUGCUGGAUGCGUUGCCAAUGAUCACAUCCCCUACUGAAAGAGCAGAUGAGGACGAUGACAUGCCCAUGGACGUUGAUGUUAAAGGUGGUCUUGAUAUUGAUUUGCAAAAACAGAUAACUGCAGCAUUUGAUUCAAAUACACGAUUACUCGAUCAUUUGGUGAAUGCACUGUUCAGAGGCACAUUAAGCACAAACUAUUCUGAUCUAUCUGGACCAUCAGAUGCUGAAGUGGAAGCUGUAGGGUCCAUUUGUGCUUUCCUUCAUGUCAUGUUCAACACACUGCCUCUAGAUGUAACUAUGACUGUGCUGGCCUACCGUACCGAAAUUGUUCCUGCACUAUGGAAUUUUAUAAAGCGAUGCCAUGUAAACCAAAGAUGGCCAUAUUUUUCCAAGAAUAUCUCUCCAUUGCCUGCAGAUGCUCCUGGUUGGCUACUGCCAGUGUCCGUAUUCUGUCCCAUAUACAAGUACAUGUUAAAGAUUGUUGAUAACGAGGAAUUCUAUGAACAAGAGAAACCUCUUUCACUUAAGGAUUUGAAGUCCCUGAUUCUCAUUUUAAAGCAGGCUUUAUGGCAACUUCUUUGGAUUAUUCCUUCACACACCUCUUCUACUCAGAAGCCAUUACCUAAUCCUUUAGGCCUUAAGAAAAUGUCGAUUGAUAAUCUCAAGAGCCGGGCUAGGACUGGGUUAUCUGAGUUACUCAUACAGUUACAAGACUGGAACAACCGACUCCCAUUCACUUCCGAUAGUGAUUUCUAUUCCCAAGAAGCAACAAGCGAAAAUUUUGUCUCUCAGGCAAUACUUGGCAACACUCGAGCAUCAGAGAUUAUAAAGCUUGCCCCCUUUUUGGCGCCUUUUACCAUCAGAGUCAAGAUAUUUACUUCACAAUUGGCAAAUUCUAAACAAUCAACGACGUCCCAUUCUUCCUUGACAAGACACCGGUUCAAGAUAAGAAGAAGUCGACUUCUGGAAGAUGCUUUUGACCAGCUAAGCUUGCUCUCUGAAGAAGAUCUUAAAGGACCAAUUCGAGUAUCAUUUGUUAAUGAGCAUGGUGUGGAAGAAGCUGGAAUUGAUGGAGGCGGAAUUUUCAAAGAUUUCAUGGAAAAUAUCACUCGUGCUGCGUUUGAUGUGCAGUAUGGCUUGUUCAAGGAAACGGUCGAUCAUCUUUUGUACCCCAACCCUGGAUCGGGAUUGGUUCACGAACAGCAUCUGCAGUAUUUCCAUUUUCUUGGAAGUCUCCUCGGGAAGGCGAUGUAUGAGGGAAUACUUGUUGACUUGCCAUUUGCUACCUUCUUCUUGAGCAAGCUGAAAGAGAAGUCCAACUUCUUGAAUGAUCUGCCUUCACUGGAUCCAGAGUUGUAUCGACAUCUUCUGUUUUUGAAGCAUUACCAAGGCGACCUCUCAGAUUUGGAGCUGUACUUUGUUAUUCUGAAUAAUGAAUAUGGCGAACAAUCAGAAGAAGAGCUGCUUCCUGGUGGGAGAGAGAUGCGUGUUACUAAUCAGAAUGUUAUUAUGUUUAUCCACCUUGUUGCUAACCAUCGAUUAAACUAUCAGAUUCGUGGACAAAGUAGACAUUUUUUAAGAGGUUUUCAACAACUUGUACCGAAGGAAUGGAUCGAUAUGUUCAAUGAACAUGAAAUUCAGCUUCUCAUAUCUGGUUCCGUGGAAAGUUUGGACAUUGAUGACUUGCGUUUGAACACCAACUAUUCCGGAGGUUAUCAUCCGGACCAUGAGAUCAUUGAUAUGCUCUGGGAGGUUUUAAAGAGCUUCAGUUCAGAUAAUCAGAAAAAGUUUCUCAAGUUUGUGACUGGAUGUUCUCGUGGGCCACUCCUUGGAUUUGAGUACCUUGAUCCAAAAUUUUGCAUUCAAAGAGCUGGUGUCCCUGGUGUGGAGGAGCAUGGAGACCGGUUGCCCACCUCAGCUACUUGCAUGAACCUUCUUAAGCUCCCUCCUUACAAAACCAAGGAGCAGUUGCAAACCAAACUGUUGUACGCGAUAAAUUCAGAAGCCGGUUUCGACCUGAGCUAAUUGCCUUGUGGAUUCAAACAUUGUGCACAGUGUAGAUAGUUGCUAGAUAAUAGCUUAAAAGGCACUCAGGGCCGAAGAACCGACCAUUCAGGCCAAAUUGGAAGCCCCAUAAACAGAAAUCAUAGGUUUCUUAGAGUGUCUUGGAGGAAAUCAAGGGGAGGCACCUGCAGUAGUUGCUGAUAGAUAGAACUAUGACCACAGGGCGGUAAAAGCAAGCAAAUGCGGAUGCUGUUGUAAGCAGCCAAGAACAUGUACAUAUGUAUUUUAUUCGUUGUGGUUGAAGUUCCCUGAACAUUUUCA